AUGGCGACGAUGGAUUCCACCAAGGAUGACGAGGCUACCAUCAAGGUCGCGUCGACCAAGAAAUCUGUCACUCCGUCGCGGCCCGCUCGGUUUGGUAAGAUCAAGCUGAAGAAGGCGCCACCGAAACAGAUUAAGCCAGGGAAUUGGAAGGAAGGGAAUAUUAUUGAAGAAGACAAGAAAAAAGCCAAAGACAACGCCAUCAUCGCCUCAUCACCCAGCCCCGUCACCGUCCAACUCGACGAUGCCUCGCGCGAAAACUUCAACACCGGGCGCCCGCUCGAGGAUCUGCUCGACAUGUUUCAGUGUAAGCACUGUAAGAAAGUCAUUACGCGGUCUGCCGGUACCGAGCACGUCGCGCGAUGCCUCAAGAUUAAGAAGGAAAAGGCUCAGCGCAAGAAGGAAGCUCGGGAGGCCCGCGAGCGGUUGAAGGAGGCGGCCCGGGAGGAAGAAGCGCGCAAGGCUGAGGGGGAUGGGGCGGGGCGGGACGAUGAUAGUGACGAUGACGACGACGAUGGCAAGGAUGGGAAUGGGGGCAAAACGGCUGGCAAGGCGAAGAAAACGAGUGUUGCGGGCAAGAAGAGGAAGGCGGACGGCGACCUGGAGAAGGGCAAGGCGAAGAAGAAGAAGGACGAGCCCAAGCCGAAGGCCGCCAAGCCCAAGGGUCCCGUUGACGUGGAGCGGCAGUGUGGUGUGCUGCUUGCCAAUGGCCAACCGUGCGCGCGGUCUCUCACCUGUAAGAGCCACAGCAUGAGCGCCAAGCGGGCUGUACCGGGCCGGUCUUUACCAUACGACAUGCUGCUCGCGGCAUACCAGAAGAAGAACCAGGCCAAGCAGCAGAAGGCCGCUAUUGACGCCAAUGCGCCCCUUGAGGACGAAGACGAGGCGAACCAGGGCGCGGUCGACAGCGACGAGGAAGCGGCCGCGGUUAUGAGCGCGCUGGCCAACUGGAACCCCCAGCCGGUCGUCCCGCAGCCCGUGUUCGCGCCGACCAAGCGACAGUACCAACUGGCGCGUCUCCACGAGCAACUACAAACGGCCACUAACGGCGGUCGUGUCAAUAUCUUCCAGGUGGUUGGCUUCGGCGCCCAGCGGCUUCCGGACGGCCAUCCGGGACUGUACGAGCAAGAGGAUGCGUCGGGUGAGCCGGAUCCGGCCGUUCUAGGCAGCGCAGCAGGAGGUGGAGGAGGAGGAGACUUCUCACGACGGUCGUCCAGUUUCAGUCUUGCGGGCGCGGGCGCGCCGCAGCGGCGGCCGUCAGUCACAGGACGAGCGUAG